AUGACUGUUGAAACGACUAAGACAGCUUCUCUUACAUCAGUCUCGCUGGCUGGGCUACUCGCUGGCCAAACUGAUUCUAUCAACGAUCUCGUGACCUCUUGUAAGACUAAUGGAUUCUUCUACCUUGAUUUCCGCCAUCCGUCUACAUGCGAUAUCUUGAAGUUGGUUGAAGAGCUCGCUGUUAUUGGAAAGUCGGUUUUCAAGUUGCCAUUGGAAGAGAAAGAGGAGUACAGCACAGAGAAGUAUUUGCCUUCGCGGCUCUUAGGGUACAAGCGAGCCGGAUGUUCUGUGGGACCAUUCGCUGGCAAGAAGGACGGCUAUGAGAGCUUUUCAAUCCACAACAACGGAAUGUUUGGCGACGAUGCCAUGAUCGUCCCUCAAGCUAUCGACGACAACCUGGCUCUCUUUAAAGCCUUCCUGGCCGAAAUUAACGAUUACACCGAUUGUAUCCUCUCCAUCUUGUCAGAAGCCCUGCAGCUGCCAUGUGACUUGAAGCAAUAUCACAGAAAGGACAAGCCCUCUUCGGCCAACAUGGCAAUGCUGAACUACUUGCCCUGGGGCAGCAGUGACGAGAGAAUUGGCAACAUGGCCCAUACAGAUAUGGGAACCUUGACGGUUGUCUUUUCGAAGUCUGAUGGUCUACAAGCCCUGCUGCCUGGGUGUGAAGAAUGGUCUUUCAUUCCACCACGAGAGGGCCAUGCCGUAGUAAACGUUGGAGACUCUCUGCGCUUCAUGUCGAGUGGCAAACUGGCCUCAUCUCUUCAUCGCGUGGUCCCGCCGCCCGAUUCUGCCGGGCAGGACAAGUUCUCCGUCAUAUACUUCCUGCGGCCCGAGUUUGACGCCAGAUUCAAGACCCACGAUGGUAAGGAGAUCAACAGCGUGGAGUGGCACAACCAGAAAUACGCACUUUUCAGAGAGGAGAGUCUGGACGCGGGACAGCACGGGGCUAUGCUAACUGGUCGGAUGGAUUAUCUUGGGGCCACUCAUGCUUGA